CUACGAUAGUGCAAGAUCAUGCAGACCAACAGUUCGCAUCCUCACACAACGUUUUGCUCCCCAUCUAAAACAGAAACAGAACACGUGCCAAUGAACGCGCUUGUACGAAACGCUCUUCUUUUUAACGCGCAGUACGGCACACGUCUUAUGAUACGCAUGUUAUUGCAAAGCAUUGUUGAUAUGAUGGACGGUAUGGGGGUGUGUGGGUUGGGAUGUGUUGUGUUCGUGGAUUUGUUUAAGGUACUGGUAGAGGGUGUGGUAGCAACGGUGGUACGCACUCAUCGGGAUAUGCGUGGUGAUGCGGUCUAUCAUGAUGAGGACAUUGAUCGCGCGCGCAAAGACAGACUUACUCACGAAAACGUGCACAAUCAAGGGAGCGGGCAUAAUUAUGAUCGCAGGAAAGAACGUACUGCUAUGCAUAAAUGUGUGCUUAUGCAACACGUACAUAAGAACACAUCAUGCACCCCCACGCAUAAAAAACCGCUCUCUGCCAUCCUAACAAAGCACGUAUCAAUACUAUGCACAGUACUACACAUCACACGAACAUACACACUCAUACCAACCGAUACAACACUAACACUCACCACUCUCACAGACCUGCACGUAUACAACGACCCAACCAAUUUCACAGCAUGUCCGUACAUGCUAUCACCGACCCCUUCACUCGUAAUCUUAAAAAAGUACGGCACGGAAUAUGCCAUAACAUUGAAUAAUUCGUAUCUGUGCAGUUUGGAACGUAAGGUGUUCGAGAAUAGCAGUACCUGUCUGUGGGAGAUAAAGCAGAACGCGUACGGCUACUUUCUUAAACGGGACGGUCUGUGCUUUCGUGGCGGGUGUAUGAUGGCUGAAUGCAACGAUAAUGAUGAGGAUCAGAGUUACAUGCUGGUUGAGAAGGAACUUUGUGUAGCUGGCGAUGAGAGCACAGUAGAGGGGCAGGUAAAAAAUAAAAUAAUGGGGCGCAAGAUUAGCGAUGGGAAGGAUGAUGACAGUACGGAUGCUGCGCUGAAAAGAAUGGAGGAGAAGUAUGGGCAUGUUGGGAAGAAGAUGAAAGAACUGAUUGGUGCACUGCACAAGGACAAGAAGAAGAAGGAACACAGGAAAAAGUGGGGAAUGAAAUGGAAAAGUCCUAGUUGGAGAGGUAUUAAGCUUCCGAUGUGCUGAGCAAUGGCGGGCAGUAACGAGCCAUACAAACUGCGUUAUACACGCGAAUUGUUCGCCAGAAAGUCCUCAGUAAAGCACGUAUUAAGUGCCUGAGCAAUGGCACAACUUUCAACAAUAAAGGCGGAUAAGUGUGCGGUAAACAACGUGUACUGUUCAUCAUACACCGUGUGGUAAGCAAUCCAUACAAACAGCCUUGGUAAUCUGCAUGGCAGGUGGUAAGUACACGUACUGUUUGCUAUGGGGAGAGUCAUAGGAUUGAUUGAUCGGUUGCUCUGUGACCGCUACCGGGCAAAUUCGGUCUUACGAAGCAAAGAUCAAAUCUGAACGAUGAAAAUACGUGAAUAACACUAUGCCGUGGUGCAACUGCAAAAUAAAUUGUGAAAUUGAAC